AUCUCUCGUACAGUAGCAACUCACAAGCAGAUAAACAACGCUAAUUACUCUCUGUCUACUUUGCGUUGCGGCUAGGGUUUUCUUCUCUCUAUCCUUCUCUGCACCCUGCUCACAGCUGCUCUCACAGAUCUGGUGGUUCUGCCGGAGUUAAUAAUGGAUAAUCCGUCAAAUUAAGGGUUACGGUGUUGGAUAAUUCCGAAAUUUGGGGUUUUGCUUUGCUUGCUGUGGGUGGAAAUGGCGACUCUCAAUCCGUUCGAUUUGCUCGGUGACGAUGACGUGGAGGAUCCCUCGCUGUUGAUUGCUGCUCAUCAGCAGAAGAUUGAGUCUAAUAAGUCAUCCCAGCCGGCGGCGGGGGCUAAGCAGGCGUCGAAUCAGAAUAAGGCGGCUGCGCAGGCGAAGCUUCCAUCUAAACCACUUCCUCCAUCUCAGGCCGUAAGAGAGGCAAGAUCCGAACCUGCAAGAGGUGGUCGUGGUAGCGGCAUUGGUGGCCGCGGAUAUGGCCGUGGUCGUGGUGGUGGUUCCUUCAGAGACUCGGCCAAUAACGAAAAUUCAUAUGGCGACAGGGAAAUACCCAUUGUUCAAGGUUCAACAGAUGAGGCUGAUGGAAGAAGACCUUAUGAAAGGCGAGGUGGUUAUGGAGGACCUCGUGGUUCUUUCCGUGGUGGUCGCCGAGGUGGUUUUAGUAAUGGAGAAGGUGGAGAAGGGGAACAAGAUAGACCUCGUAGGACAUUUGAUCGCCGUAGUGGAACUGGACGCGGAAAUGAGUUCAAAAGGGAAGGAUCCGGUCGCGGAAAUUGGGGAACUCCAACUGAUGAAAUUGCUGAAGUGGCGGAGGAAGUUGUUAAUGAAGGCGAGAAAACUCUCAACACUGACAAGCCGUUGGCAGAAGAAGAUGCUGCUGGUGAUGGAGACAAGGAAACUGCUAAAAACGAGGCCGAAGAAAAGGAGCCCGAGGAUAAGGAGAUGACACUCGAAGAGUACGAGAAGCUUUUGGAGGAGAAGAGAAAGGCGCUGUCGGCUCUCAAAACUGAGGAAAGAAAGGUCGAUUUAAAGGAGUUCGAAUCCAUGCAGCCACUUUCAAACAAGAAAACCAAUGACGACAUAUUCAUCAAAUUGGGUUCCGAGAAGGACAAAAAGAAAGAAUUAGCCGAGAAAGAAGAGAGAGCCAAGAAGUCUGUGAGCAUCAACGAGUUCUUGAAACCUGCUGAGGGCGAGAGGUACUACGGAGGGCGUCGGGGGCGCGGGCGCGGCUCAAGAGGAGGAUAUAACGGAGGCAGCGAAACGGGAUAUGCUCCGGCACCUGCCAUUGAGGAUCGAGGACAGUUCCCGACAUUAGGGGGCAAAUGAAUCGUUGCCUAAACCCCGUCUCGCCAUCCUGGUUUGUGUUUUUAUCCCUUUUGUGGUUCUUCUGCCAUUUAUUAUUAUCGAGUUGAGUCGAGUCGAGUCGUUGAGCUUAUCGUAAUAAUGAAUGAUGAAGUUGGGAAUGUUCUUCUGAGUCAGUUAAGUUAAAAAUUGUUGUGGUUAAAAAAAAUGUACAUCUGUGAUUGUGGUCAUGGCUAAUUUGUGUGUUGUUAUUUUGGUUAAGUUAUUUAAGGAGUCGGAUGUCCGUCCGUACAUUUGAUGCUCAGUUUUGUUUUUCUGAAUGUGAACGGAACACUCUUCGUUUUUA